AGGCUGCGGAGGAUUCCAGUGCAAACUCUAGACUCUACUCCCGCCCAGCCGCCCCUUCCCAAGGACUCGCCGAACACACCUUAAACCUCGCUCCAGAGCGCAGUUCAGAGCGCAGUCCAGGACCGCGGCUCCGCGGCGCGGGCCCGGGCCGGGGUCGCGCAUCUCCGGACUGAGCAGCCCGGCGCGAGCGAAAACAAACAGCUGGGGCUGCGAGUGCCCCCUUUCCGGCCCCAAGAGCACGCCGGCCCGGGCCCCUACUCGGGGCGCUCGCCCGCCCACCAUGAGGAAGAUCCGAGCCAAUGCCAUCGCCAUCCUGACGGUAGCCUGGAUCCUGGGCACUUUCUACUACUUAUGGCAGGACAACCGAGCCCACGCAGCAUCCUCCGGCGGCCGGGGCUUGCAGAGGGCCGGCAGGAGGCCGGAGCAGCUCCGCGAGGACCGCACCAUCCCGCUCAUUGUGACAGGAACACCCUCGAGAGGCUUCGAUGAGAAGGCCUACCUGGCAGCCAAGCAGCUGAAGCCUGGAGAGGACCCCUACAGGCAACAUGCCUUCAACCAGCUGGAGAGCGACAAGCUGAGCCCUGACCGGCCCAUCCGGGACACCCGCCAUUACAGUUGCCCAUCUGUGUCCUACUCCUCGGACCUGCCGGCCACCAGCGUCAUCAUCACCUUCCACAACGAAGCCCGCUCUACCCUCCUGCGCACAGUGAAGAGCGUCCUGAACCGAACUCCUGCCAGCCUGAUCCAGGAGAUCAUUCUAGUAGAUGACUUCAGUUCAGAUCCUGAAGACUGUCUGCUCCUAACCAGGAUCCCCAAGGUCAAGUGCCUGCGCAAUGACCGACGGGAAGGGCUGAUCCGAUCCCGAGUUCGAGGGGCAGAUGUGGCUGCAGCUGGGGUCCUCACCUUUUUGGACAGCCACUGCGAAGUGAACACGGAGUGGCUGCAGCCCAUGCUGCAGCGGGUGAAGGAGGACCACACCCGUGUGGUGAGCCCCAUCAUUGAUGUCAUCAGUCUGGAUAAUUUCGCCUACCUUGCUGCAUCUGCUGACCUUCGAGGAGGAUUCGACUGGAGCCUGCAUUUCAAGUGGGAACAGAUCCCUCUUGAGCAGAAGAUUGCCCGGACAGACCCCACCAAGCCCAUAAGGACGCCUGUCAUAGCUGGAGGAAUCUUCGUGAUUGACAAGUCCUGGUUUAACCACUUGGGAAAGUAUGAUGCCCAGAUGGACAUCUGGGGGGGAGAGAAUUUUGAGCUCUCCUUCCGGGUGUGGAUGUGCGGCGGGAGCUUGGAGAUCGUGCCCUGCAGCCGCGUGGGCCACGUCUUCAGGAAGCGGCACCCCUACAACUUCCCUGAGGGCAACGCCCUCACCUACAUCAGGAAUACCAAGCGCACUGCAGAGGUGUGGAUGGAUGAAUACAAGCAGUAUUACUACGAGGCCCGGCCCUCAGCCAUCGGGAAGGCCUUCGGCAGCGUGGCCACGCGGAUCGAGCAGAGGAAGAAGAUGAACUGCAAGACCUUCCGCUGGUACCUGGAAAAUGUCUACCCGGAGCUCACUGUCCCCGUGAAGGAAGUGCUCCCCAGCAUUAUCAAGCAGGGGGCUAAUUGCUUAGAAACUCAGGGCCAGGACACGGCUGGUAACUUCCUGCUUGGCAUGGGGAUCUGCAGAGGGUCUGCCAAGAACCCCCCAGCGGCCCAGGCGUGGCUGUUCAGUGACCACCUCAUCCAGCAGCAGGGCAAGUGCCUGGCUGCCACCUCCACCUCCAUCUCCCCCGGGUCCCUGGUCGUACUGCAGGGGUGCAACCCGAGGGAAGGCAGGCAGAGAUGGAGGAGAAAAGCCUCUUUCAUCCAGCAUUCAGUCAGCGGCCUCUGUCUGGAGGCCAAGCCCGCCCAGCUGGUGACCAGCAAGUGCCAGGCCGACCUCGCAGCCCAGCAGUGGCAGCUGUUGCCGCACACAUGACCGUAGCCCCGGGCCUCCUGUACCUUUUGCAUGAGACUUUGGGACCGGAAGGGGGUUAGGGUGGGGGAGUGUAAAGCGGGCCGUUUCCAUCUCCUCACAUUUCUGCAAACAGAAGUCAUCGGCAAACACCGCUGCCACGAUACACGAUUCUCCAAAGCUUGUACCGGGAGGACGCAGGCGAGCUGCCCCGCGGCCCUGGCCGCCAUCCCAGCCUUGCCCGGGGAGAGGAUCAAGUCGGGGUGCCGGACUGCUAUUGGGCAGAGAUGGGGCAGGUGCCCUGGCCCCUGUUACCUCCCUCCACCCUCCUGGCUGUGUCAGCUGGGGAGGGCAAAGGCAGCCGUCCACACAGGUCCCGCUGGGUCAGGGGGCCUGUCUGGGGAAUCGGGCAUGAGAGGAGAAAGGGGGCAGCGUGAAUGGGAGGCAGGCUGAAGAUGGAGGAAGGAGCAGCCUGUAGGGCACGUGGAGAAGGGGAAGAAGUGAGCAACUCAGGGGCCUGUUCCAGACAAGUGCAGGGCUGGAGGGAGGAGGGAUGGGAUCCCGGGCAAAGGAUGGCUGAUCUGCAGAAGGACGUGGACGGAAGAGCAGCAAAGCACGGAACCAGUGGUCUCUCCCCAGGGACCUAGUUCCUCCCCGCAAGCCAGGCCCGGGGUCCAGUGUCUCCAGCCCUGCACUCUGGUCCCCACGUUCUCAGCAAGGGGCGGUAGGGGGAUCUCCAGGGGCAGCCUCAGGACAGUUUAUUAAACAGAUCCCACUCCUGUUUGGAUGUGUGUGAGGACAAGACCUCUCCUUUGGGCUUUAGUGACCAGCGGAUGCCCUGGCCCCCUGCCUGGGCGCACCAUGGGGACUCUAAGGACGGGCAGCAGAGAGCCACCCCACUCUCCAUCCUAGUUUUUGACUCCUGCCUUCUCAUAAGCCCCUGUCUCUGUAAAUACAGCAGAGGGUCCAGUGGCCAGUAAGAAUGGGACCUCCAUUCUGGAGCCUCCCUUAAGCCUCCAGGCUGGGACUGUUCCUCACGCUUCCCCACUGCAGGAGGGAGGCCCUCGGGGCUCAGCUGCUGCAGUGGCCGGGAGGCCGCCGUGGCCCCUGUUUGUGCUGAGCUCCUAGUUCCUUCUCACAACCACUGGGCCUCUCUCCCCCUCCCCCAGGGCCCAGGCUUGGAACCACUUCUAUUCCCCAUGCUCAUCUUUCCCCGCCUCACUGGCUCAGGCACUGUGAUCUUAGGCAAAAGAUUGGUGGUACCAGGACCCUCAGGGGGUCUCCCACCCAAAGCAAAUCAGCCCGGGACCCCUAGGGAACUUAUGGAUUCCAGAGGGCCUAGGAGUCUCCUGAAAUGGUCCCCCAAAUAGCGUGUGUGUUUGCAUAUACGAAUUUUCCUGGGGAGAGGGUCCGUGGAUUCCCCCAGCUUCAUUCAGAGGCCCCUGAUUCCCUAAGGGUCUGAACUUCUGCUCUGGAUUGGAGCUGUCAUACCCCUCCCCCUCCCAAGUGUGCCUAAACUGCUGUGGGCCUGCUCCCUCCACCCAAGGGCUGUGGUCUGCAGCACCCACCCUGGAGGGCUCUCCGUGGUUUCCCCUCACCUCUAGCUCCCACUGGUGCCCUCUCAGAGUGCUCCUGUGCCCCAGCGUUCACCCCCUGGGCUCACCAGCAGGGAGUCCUUGCCCCCCACCUCCCGGGGCCAAGCUUCUCCUGUCCCACGUGAUGUUUCAUCUGCCGCCAUCUCCGCUGUGCGUAUCCACCCCAGCGGGCAGCAUGGAUAUUUAGGGACAGGGAGCUUGGGCACCUGUCAUCGAAUGCAAGAGGACGCCUGCUCUGAGAGUCUUCGAAGGGCCCCUCCUUGUGACCAGCCCAGGCUUGGCGCUCAUCAGCCAUCCUUUGGGACUCAGCCCUGUUCUAUUUUCGCUUUUCCUCUUCUUGACCAAAGCAUGUGCCACUCGCUGUCCCUGAGGACUUCGUCUUUAUGAAAAACAUCUGGAAUAAAACCACUUCUCACAUGCA